AUGGCUCGUUCGCUCAUCAAGACUGUUGGCUUUGCUGCCGCCGCUUUUGCUGCUAUCGCAGACGCCACCAAGUCAUACACAGUCACUGACGUGUACAAUGCUACUAAUUUCUUCGACAAGUUUGGUCAUUUUGUGAGUGUCUUGGGCAAGACUCCUCUCGAUGUCGACCCAACCUCGGGCUACGUCCAAUAUCUUGAUCGCAGCGAUGCCCUCAAGGCUGGUCUAAUCUCCAUCGACGACGAUGAGGUGUAUGUCGGCCCUGAAACAAGUCUAAAUUAUGAUCCCUAUGGUUACGGUCGGGAGAGUGUAAGGCUGGAGGGUUUGACUACGUACAACCACGGCCUCUUUAUCGCCGACUUUACCCAUCUGCCCACACCAACCUGCGGCGCCUGGCCUUCCUUUUGGAUGUUUGGCGAUCCAUGGCCCACAAAGGGAGAGAUUGACAUUGUGGAGAAUUGGAACAAUCUCGAGUUCAACCGCAACACGGCUCACGUCAACAGCCCCGACGUCGUCGGCGAGUGUACAAUCAAGUCUUCCGACAUGACUGCAUCGCUGAUUGAAGCCCACAAUUGCUACGACAAGACUCCUGGACAAUACGACAACCAAGGUUGUUCCGCCGACUCGUAUGGUUUACCUUUUGGUUUGAGUGAGGGAGGUGUGUAUGCUCUGGAGUGGACGAGUGAUCACCUCAAGAUUUGGAGUUGGACUCGAGCGUUGACUCCCCUCGACGUCACGCUCGGCAAGCCACUACCUUUGACUUGGGGUGUUCCCAAUUUCAUGAUUACAGACUGCAACAUUGACAAGGCCUUCCAAGACAUGAAGUUUGUUUUCAACAUAGACUUUUGCGGUGUCGCCGGGGCUGAUGGUAUCUGGGACUCAUGCAAGGCCUCCACUGGCUAUGACACUUGUACCGGCUAUGUUGCAGAGAAUCCUGAAGCCUUCAAGGACUCGUAUUUCAAGAUUGCAGACAUCAAGGUCUAUCAGCAAGCAGAUGAUAUCGUUACGACUUCGUCCACUUCGAGUUACACGACGACUGCUUCCUCGACUACUUCCUCGACUGCUUCUUCUUCCUCCACCGCAACUUCCUCUGCCGAGUCGUUGACCACGACAACUGCGGCUAGCAGCAUUGCAACGACUUCUAUUUCUAUCUCCUCCUCAUCUCUUUCGACAAGCUCAAUCACCAGCUCAAGCAAUAGCUCAAGUGCACUGGCCACUGAUAGUGCUACCACUUCUGCAUUUACUAGUCCUUCGACCCAAACCAGCACGGCUUCAUCAUACGGACCGUCUUCCGAACCAGUUACCAGUGCGACCCUUCCGAUCUCGACUUCGUCGACAGUCUACUCCACUGACAGCGAGAUCAUCACGAGCUCUUAUUCGGCAACUUUGCCCACCACAGUGCCAUCAUCGUCGGCGUAUACUUCUUCCUCUGCAACCUUGUCUGUUUCCGAGUCUUCAAACUACACAAUCACGAGCGCAACAAGUGCUACAGCCUCGAGCCUCCCUGCUACUACCCUCUCGCACAGUUCUUACAGCAACACCACUACCUGUACUGAUGACCAAACGGCGACGUACUCGACUGCCAAUGCGACCAUCACCACAACCUCGGCUGGAAGCUCCACCUCGUCCACGGUGCUUACAUAUUCGGCCUCCGAAACAGCGUCCUCCAGCACGUACUCUAGCUCAGCCACUGAUGCAGUUCCCACCUCUUACGAAGCAUCGGCAACAGAGAGCUCAGCCGACGUCACGGAGCCAACCACGACAUCCGCAACCGAGUUUACGACCUCUACAGUCUACACCACACGGGUGCAAACCGUUACCUCGUGUGCCCCUACCGUGACCAAUUGCCCAGCACGCAGCAGCCCAGUCGUUGUGACCGAGACCAUUCCACUCUACACCACGGUCUGUCCCGUCACGGCAACGGGUGCGAGCACCCACAAGUCUGAAGCAUCUGGCACUUCCGUUCCCUACAGCGCAACGACUCCCGAAGUCGAGACAGGCGCCACUGUCUCAGCUACCAAGAGCACACCGACAAGUGCCAGCAGCAAUGGAGGCCAGGGUGAAGGCGGCAGCGGAGGCGGUAGCUACCAAGUCGGCGGUAGCACCAGCACCAAAAAUAGCAUCGGAUCCAAGACGACGACUCUCGAGGGCACCACCACCACAACCUCGACACUCCGGCUGUACACGACCGUCACGGUCAAGUCCUCGUCCGCUUCCGUCUCCAGCGUCACCGUUUCCACGGCCCUCUCCGACUUGGUUGUUGUCGUGACAGCCACGGCCACAUUGGUGCCCGUGUCGUCUGGGCAUAAUGCCACGGUGUCGUUGUCUUAUACCCCAGAGACUACCGCCAGUGGCUCUGCCGGUCAUGGUGGUGGAACAUCGGGAUCUGGCGUCUCCGUGAAUGGGGCUGGCAAGACUGGUAUCACGACCCUAAGUCUGCUCGUCAUGGUUGGUGUAUUCAUGUUUGCAAUGUAA